AUGCAUCUCCCGACUGUCCUCUUGAGUGUCUACUUCGGCCUUGCGGCCGCUGGCAAUCCUCACCCAUGGAUGUACGGUGUGCCGGACUACCCAGAUCUGGAUAUGGAAGAGGUCAUGACUCAAGCGGGUGUUGAACUGUUAUCUGAAGCUGCAAGCAAUGCUACGUCCACAGCAUCAAAUGCAACCCUCCCCUCGAACACAACCACCUCCGCCGGUGGAGAGCCAUGUGCAGCGAUCAGCAGUGCCAUAGCUGCAGCGCUACCUGGCGCUCGGAAGGUUGUGACCGCAGAACUGGGUAUGAAGUGUUUGGCGUCAGUCCCGCUGGACAAGGAAGGGAACAUCAAGCUCAUCGAUGACAUGAAGCUCUUCGUCAAGUGGCAGUCCAAUAUCGCAUACCUUAAGAACCCUCCCGCAAAUUAUACCGAGAAGCCUGUUGACGUAAUGGGUGAGUUGGAUCUGAUGCAGAAGGGACUGGCGAACGGUACCUUCAAGACCGAGUACGACUUCCAACUGGAGAUGAUGACCUUGUUCAACAGAGCUUACGACAAUCACUUCGCAUACCAACCCGACAUUCUUGCAUCUGCUAUGCAAUUCCAGAGACCGCCAGGCACUGAAUUAGUUUCGGUCUCAUCUGACGGCAAGGCAAUGCCAGAAGUCUUCCUUUACCAGGAUAUUCGGAAGGCCAAUAACGAUUCUUCGUACAAACCCUCAGCGGUCAAGAUGAUUAACGGAAUGAGCGCCAUGGAUUACUUGCAGAACGCUUCUGCACAGUCUGACUUCCACGAUGCCGACACACGCUGGAACGCAUUGUUCCCCUCGCAAGCACUGAUUGCUUCAGGCACUGUCUUUUUGGGCUCUUUCAGGACAGGCCAGUACCAGGGUCCCAACACAACUAUGGAAUUCGCCAAUGGAACGACUUACAACCAGAUGAACGUCGCUGUUGUAUUUGGCAACUUCACUGGUGUCAACAGCGGACAGACAUUCUUCAAGCAGUUCUGCACUGGGCCCAAGCCUGUCACUCAGAUCGAACAGCCAGCGACGACUACGGUUGCUAGUAGGACAAGCAGUACCCCUACUCCUACUCCCACACCCUCUCAGAUUGGUUACCCGAAGGCCGUGAUUCUUAAUCCUAACCUUGCUAUUGGAGGCUAUUACAUCAACGACACGGGCUACGAUGAUGUUGCAGUUCUCAGCUUACCCUCAUACGAGUCUCCUGAUGUUCAAAGCUUCCAGAAUGUAAUGCGUGACUUCAUCCGCAUGUGCAAGACGCAGGGCAAGACAAAGAUGAUCUUCGACAUGCGAGGGAACGGCGGAGGUAACGCAAUCCUUGGCUACGACACGUUCAAACAAGUCUAUCCUCAGGCAGACCAAGAGCCUUUUGGUGGAACUCGUUUCCGUGCAAACGAUGCCAUCAAGGCUGCCUAUCAGCUUACGGGCGAUUUCAUUGCGAACAAGACGUUUGUGCAAGGCAACCAAACGGCGUUUGUCCAGGCUUUCGGACAAGGCACGACUUCAGAUGAUAUCCUUGGUAUCACAGCUAGCUUCAACUUUCAACAUCAGCUCGAUAUCGAUAACAAGGCUAUUAGCACCUCGGACGCUGCGUUCGGGCCGCAGACAGCCAAUGGUGAUCAGUUUACGACGACCAUUCGCUAUAACUUCAGUGAUCCGAUCUCGACUUCGUACAAUGGCUUCUCGGUCAUUGGCUUCGAUCAGAACAAGAACGAAACCAGUACACCACAGCCCUUCAAGGCCGAAGACAUGGUCAUGCUUCACGACGGCAUGUGCUCCUCAACCUGCGCCAUUGCCUCCGAGCUCCUCAAAAACCAAGGCGCAGUCCGUACCAUCGCAGUAGGCGGCCGACCUCAAGAAGGCCCUAUGCAAGGUGUCGGCGGCACCAAGGGCGCCCAAGUCUUCUCCUGGGACGACAUCCAGCUGCGAAUGCAAGCCACCUACUUCCUCGGAAGUCCCGAACAGCAAGCCCAAUGGGACACCAUGGAUCUCGGCAAGACCGCACUCGCAACGCAGCUCUUCAAACGCUCCGCCUACCAAGGCGGUCGCGUCGCCGGUGGGGUGAAUCUCAAGGACAAUCUGCGCCAGAACGACGCUUCAGGCACGCCGCUCGAGUUCAUGUACGAGGCAGCCGACUGUCGCAUGUUCUUCACCGCAGCCAUGGUCACUGAUGUAACGGAGUUGUGGAAGGGUGUUGCGGAUCGUAUGUUCAAAAACGGUACGGAUAUGUGUGUCAAGGGAAGUACGGGCGAUCCGACCAGUGUCAGUGCUGGUGGUCAGAAGAGGGCGGGUGAUGGGACGAUUGCGAAGGGCAAGGGUGUCAAUUCGACGAUGAAGUCGGUUGCGAGUGGUCCCGCUACUAUGAUGGGUGGUGCGGCUGGUAGGGCUAUAUGUCGCUGGGGAAGCGUUGCGGGUGCUGUGAUGGUAAGCACGAUAUUGUUGUAA